CAUUUGGCCUCACUUUCUCAUUAUUCAUUCCAAAAUAAAAAUCGUCUCUUCAUCUAAUCUACUUUAAACUGUUUUCCCUCUUUUUUCCACCUUCACUCCUCUCUUUUUCUCUUUCAAGAUUAUGUUCCAUUGAUUCUUUAAUUAUCUCUAUGUAUAUGUCAAGAAAAACAAGUUUCUAACAAGUUUCAUUUUAGUGUAUUUUCCUUUGAUCAUCAUCAUCAUAAAUGGCUGCUAACAAGUUUGCAACCAUGUUACACAAAAACACCAACAAGAUCACACUUAUUCUUAUCUAUGCAAUCUUAGAAUGGACUCUAAUAAUUCUACUUCUUCUCAACUCUCUUUUCUCUUACAUGAUCAUCAAAUUUGCUGAUUAUUUUGGCCUAAAACCACCUUGUCCAUUGUGUUCUAGAGUUGAUCAUCUAUUUGAUCAUCAAAAGACUAAAACUCUGAACAAAAAUCAUCUCUGUGAAGCUCAUAACACUGAGAUUGCCAAAUUGGGAUUUUGUUCAAAUCAUCAGAAGUUGGUUGAAUCUCAAGACAUGUGUGAGGAUUGCUUGUCCUCACAACCCGAUUUUCGUGGUGUUUCGGAGGAUUUAGCUUUGUUUGAAUUGAUCAAGAAUGGUAAGGAAGUUAAUGUGGAGAAUUGUGAAGUGAGUUUGAAGUGUUCUUGUUGUGGUGUGAACUUGGAGAGAAAAUUUUCAACUACUACUAAUUAUAUUUUGAUUAAGCCUUGUUUUGAUGAUUUGGGAUAUGCCCAAAAGGGAAAUUUGGUUGUUGAUUCAGUAGAUGAUGAGAACAAAUGUGAUGAUUUGGAUAAAGAAAGAUCAGAUCUUGCUAUAGAAAGUUGUGGAAAUGAAGAAAAGAUUAGUCUCUCUGAUGAUUUGAAUAAAGAAAGAUCAGAUUUUUCCAUAGAUAGCUGUAGGAAUGAAGAAAAGAAUGAUCUUUCUGAUGAUUUGGAUAAAGAAAGAUCAGAUAUUGCAAUUGAAAGCUUUGGAAAUGAAGAAAAGAUUAAUCUUUGUGAUGAUUUGGAUAAAGAAAGAUCAGAUUUUGCCAUUGAAAGCUGUGGAAAUGAAGAGAAGACUAGUCUUUGUGAUGAUUUGGAUAAAGAAAGAUCCGAUUUUGUUAUUGAAAGCUGUGGAAAUGAAGAAAAGACUAAUCUUUCUGACGAUUUGGUUGUUGAAGGAGUAACAGAUUGCAUAAAGGAGAACUGUAGAGAAAGGAUAAUGAAAGAUCAAGCUGUUCAAGUUUGUUUGACAGAUGACUUAUCUUUUGAAUUUUCUCCUCAGCACUUGGAUUUUGUUGUUGAAUGUAGUGGUCAUAAGUUGAUUCCUAUUGAAUUGAUUGAUUCAACAACUGAGGAUGAUCAUAGAAAAAACCAAGAGACGGACCAAAAUCGUAAAAAGAAUGAUGAUGAAGUCAGUUUGGACACUAAGGAACAAGUCAAUGAAGAAGUUGAAGUGGUUGUAGAGAACAAAGUUGCAGAAGUAGAAGAAGAGACAAUAAUUUCAUUUCUUGAUUCCAUGGAGAUGAAAAAAGAUGAAAAUGGUUUGGUUCUAAAUGAACAAUUUGACAAUAUUCAAUUGCACCAAGGACCUGCCAGAGAUAACGUUCAAAUAGUGGCUGAAAGUGUAAGGGAAGAAGAAGGUUUAGAUGUUUCACCAGUUUCAGAAGAGGUUUCCCAAAUGGCACCAAUUAAUGAAACUGAUGCAGAAGUGUCAAUUGGAAAUGAGAUUCCUGAUAUGGAUCUCUCAGAUGAGAUUCCAUGUCAAGUAGCUCUUAAUACAUGUAAACAUGAAGAACCUUCCACAAGUUUUGCCCAUUUCCAUGAAGUAGAUCAACAUGGUCCUGAAGAAGAUCAAGAAAAACUAUUAGAACUGAAAUUAGUAUCAGUUGAGUUUGAUGAGCGUGUGAUGGACAACCAAUCAUCUAUCUCUUCAAAACUGAAUGAGAUUGAAGAAGAUAAAGUUCCAGAAACGCCAACUUCUAUAGAUAGCUUCCAACAGUUACAUAAGAAAUUACUGCUCCUUGAGAAGAAAGAUUUUGGAACUGAGUCUUUGGAUGGGAGUGUGGUUAGUGAGUUAGAAGGUGGAGAUACAGUUUCAACGAUUGAACACUUGAAAUCAGCAUUAACUGCUGAGAGAAAGGCUCUACACGCUUUGUAUACUGAGUUAGAAGAAGAGAGGAGUGCUUCUGCUGUGGCUGCUAAUCAAACAAUAGCUAUGAUAAAUAAGCUUCAAGAAGAAAAAUCAGCAAUGCAGAUGGAAGCUUUGCAAUACCAAAGAAUGAUGGAAGAACAAUCGGAGUAUGAUCAAGAAGCAUUGCAACUACUGAACGAGCUCAUGGUAAAGAGGGAGAAGGAAAAACAAGAGCUAGAGAAAGAAUUGGAAAUAUGUAGGAAAAGGUUAUUGGAAUAUGAAGCAAAAGAAAAGACGACGAGGAUGUUGAAGAGUAGAAGCAAGGAUAGUAGUGCACGAAGCGGAUUUUCAUCAGCCACAGAGGACAGUGAGGAGUUGUCUAUUGAUUUGAAUAAAGAAGUAAAGGAAGAUGAAAGCUUUUAUGGUCAUCAAGAAUGUGAGGAUGAUAAAGUUCGUGUCGAUGCUGUUCUAGAAUUGGAAGAAUCGUUUGUUGAUUUCGAGGAAGAGAGGAUGUCGAUUCUUGAGCAGCUAAAGAUGUUGGAAGAAAAACUUAUUACUAUAGAUGAUGAGGAUGGUAGGCCAAUGGAAGAUUCAUAUAGAGAGAAUGGAGAUCAUAAAGAGGAAAUUUCUCAUUUAAAUGGAGAGAUAAAUGAUCGUGCCAACGGUUUUUUGAGUGAAAUGAAUGGGAAACUAAUUGUCAAUGCAGAGGGAAAGGGGCUUCUUCCACUUUUUGAUGACGCAAUGAGCGACGAAAAUGGAGAUGUUAUGCUAAAUGGCCAUGAAAAUGGAUUCCAUUCCGAUGUGGAUAACAAGAAGCUAGAUGUGGAAGAGGAGUUGGAUCAUCUACAUGAAAGGCUACAAGCUCUUGAGGCAGAUAGGGAGUUCCUAAAGAACUGCGUUAGUUCAUUGAAGAAAGGCGAUAAAGGGAUGGAUCUUCUUCAUGAGAUCUUACAACAUCUUCGUGAUCUAAAAAACGUUGAUCUUCGUGAAAGGAGCUCAUGUAAUGGUCUCAUAUUAUAGUCAGGUUCUAGCUGAAUUAUCGCGACAAAGAAGAUAAUUGCUAUUUAGCUAAAACGGGAACUCAACGAUGCAACAGAUAUCUAUGGAAUAGCCGAAAAAACUCUGUUUUCAUUGCAGAAAUAUUAUGGAAGGGUAAAAUGUAAAUCCCUUGACAGAGAGAUCAGGCCCUGGAAAUGGUCUGGGUAUUUUGGUCCUAAUGGUAGACACCAAUGGUUUUGCGGUCUGCCUAAGUUUUUGUUCUGAAGCUUCAAUGAUCAUUUGUCAAAGUUAAACCAAAAAAAUGAUAGUGUCCGAGUCAGCUUACGUGCGUCUCCACUUUUUGUGGGCAAAAGGUGGGGAAUGAUGAAUGUGUUUGUGUGGUCCAGUUAGGGCGAAGCCAUUCUGUGUUUGAAAAAAAAAAAAAAAAAAAACUGUGGUGGCUGAGUUAGCUUAUGUGCGAAAUUAUUUUAUCAGCUACCUGCUAUCUUUCACUAGUACAAAUCUGGCUUUUGUAGGUUGUGAAAGGGAAAAAGCACUGGCUUGCAAAGCUGGAGAGGGUCCAACAAAGAUUCCAGUGCCAACCAAUUUGUCCUUGUUUAUUGUAGACAAUUAGGAGCAGAAACAUUUUUUUUUUUCUACUUUUAUCAUUUUAAAGGGUUAAGGCAUAGAGGGAAAGUAACUUCUUUUUGCCUUAUCUCUCAUCUUUUUCAUCAUUUCAUCACAUGAGAUUUGUUAUUGUUUUAGAAGGCAAAGUUGUCUAGUUGUACACUACAUGUAUCUUUGUAAGAGUAUACAAAGAGUGAGUGUUUCUGUA